AUUCACAUUUUAAUCAACUUUUUCACAUUGACGCACGAGCUACAAUCGUGAAAUCGAUUCAGAUUACUGAUAAUGCCCUGUCAACUAUUUAAAGUUAUUUGUUGCGUUUCUAGUAUUAGUUUUGCCAAAAUGCAGUACCUGAAAAUACAGGUUUUUACAGCUAUUCUCUGUAUCUCUGCUUCACAUGCGGCGGUUACUCUAAAAGUAAAUGGUCUUACAGCGGAAGUCGCAAACGAUUUAGUGAAAUUUAAGUUUAAAAAAGACGCAUCAAUUUCUAGUUUAUAUGUAGGCGGUGAAAAUGUUGUAUCAGGUGCGGAUAGAAGUUUUUACCUUGAUUGGACUGGAACUGGUGGUGAAAUAAGGCUGAAACCCAGUAGUAUAGAAAUUGUGCAGCAGACUGAUUCAAUAGCACAUUUCUAUUGGGUGCAGCAGAGCACCAGAGCUGAUGAUGCUUUCGAUAUUGAAUUGCAUUAUAUUCUUGAAGAAAAUCUGAGCGGCAUAUAUUCUUAUGUGAAAUACAGUAAUGACAAAGCGAGUAACAUUUCCUUUGGAGAAACCAGAAUGAUUUAUCGGUUUAACCCAUCGAUAUUCACCAAUGGGGCGAAUCAAGUUUAUUCACAUCGUUUGCCAACGAAAAAUGAAAUUACACAUUCCCAAACUGUUCAGGAUUCUACGUAUAAGUUUUCCAACGGAACAUACUUCUCAAAGUAUGAUUAUGCUGUGUAUAUUCGAGAGACUCAGUAUCAGGGAGUAUUUGGAAAUGACUAUGGGGCAUUUGUUAUAUCGCCUAGUAGAGAAUAUCACGGUGGUGGUGCAAUGAAGCAAGAUCUAACAGUUCACCAGUAUUCGUUGGUUGCUAAUUAUUUCCUAAGUGCCCACUUUGGAUCCGCAUCUUUUAAUGCUUUUCCCGGCUGGACCCAUAUUUACGGUCCAUUUUUGAUUUAUUUUCCUUCGGGCAACGAUGAGCAAAUUUUGAAUGCCGUUGAAGCGCAAGUAACCAUUGAGCAGGAAAAAUGGCCGUAUAGUUUUGUGAAUGAUAAUGACUAUCCCUUGAUAAGAGGAUCUGUAAGUGGGAAAGUAACUGGCCAAACAAAGGCUGCUAUUACUUUGUAUGAUUCAACUGAAGAACAAUAUGAUUUACAACAGCUGGGUUAUUUGUACGCUACGACUACUGAUGCUAACGGGAAUUUUGUUAUCAAUAAUGUACGUCCAGGAUUUUAUAAAAUAGUCGCGUAUCCCGUUGCCGGACAAGGUAGCGAGAAUUUAGCUGAGCAAACUGUAACAAUUACAGCAGGUGCUUCUGAAAUCGUCGAUUUUUUUCUACCGGAACCAGAAAAUAUUCUUUGGGCAAUAGGGGAAGCAAAUCGCCGUUCUAAUGAAUUUAACUAUGCAGACCAGGAUCGAAAUUACAAAUGGGAAUUUGAGCCUCCCGUUGAAAAUACUUUCAUUGUUGGGGAAAGCGAUCCGAGGAAUGAUUGGUAUUACGCUCAGUCUCAACCUGGCACAUGGACAAUUAAAUACCAAGAUAACCAUGAUGGUCAUUCUCGAACCCUUCGCUUACCUCUAGCUGCUGCCAGCAAGUCAGUCCUUCUAGUCUCAAUUAAUGGGAACAACAUAGCGCAACUUGAGUUGACAAAUGAUGCUUCUAUUUACCGAAGCGCAUUGCAGAGCGGAAGAUAUCGCUCCGUUAUUUUGCCAGUCGAACCUUCACAUGUCCUCACAGGCGAAAAUACUCUUGAUUUAACAGUUCACUCUGGAGCUGUUAUGUAUGAUUGUAUAAGCUUGCAAGUAAAUGGCUGAUUAAGUGUACUUCAAAUAAAAAACCUUUUGGGGUGACAAUAAAUAGUAACACAUGUCCACGA